UCUUCUUCUUCUUCUUUCAUAUUUAUAUAUAAAGCGAAAAGAGUACGUUUUAUCGAAGUGUGGUUUAGAGAAAUGCGAUGUGUGCACGGCGGGAACCUACACUUGCAAGCAAACCAUGCUACGCGCGCUCGCUGUCGCUCGAAGGAAUGUUAAUCUCAAGUUCGAGCACGCACCUACAAGGGUUCAUCGCUGAGUACUCGGCAAGCUAGGCUGAUGAAUCAGAGAAACAUCGGAAGCAGCAUGCCGGGGGUUGCCAUCUUCUCGAAACCGAGUUUCGACUUUCGAGGCAGCUCGAAGAAACUGUUUUCGCUAAAACUGCGUUCGUUAGAACGAGCUUCUCUAGACCGCACGCUGUCACGGUUGAUUAAGGCGUAUAAUUAAUAUAAAAAUAUUAAUCGGGAAUUGGUGUAGUCUCGUCUUGCCUUGGUGCUUUGUUUGUGUAAUAAAUUACCUCGCUGAUCAGCCACAUUUUCUCCACCACAUGCGGAUGUGACGGUUGGAAUUGUUUGAACAUAAUGCGAUUACUUCACAUUAAAUUCGAUUGUAUUCUUUUCUUACAGAGAUGAAUUUCGCAUAUGUGCAAUAUUUUACUGGAACAGCACGACCUAAGACUAUCAUCAGUACAUCUGCAAUUAAAAACUUUGAACCGAGAAGUGAGGAUGACUACAAGAAGGGUCACCUCUAUGAUGCUUUGUUGACUCCAGACGGAGGGGAGCCGGGCUGUUUUAAAGCCCAAAUACUACUUUUGGCAGACUCAAAGUCGUCGAUCGAGGAGAGGAUCAAAAGGGGCAAGAGGAUCCCUCUACCUAAAGUCCUUGACCAGGUUGUUGAGCACAGCAGUUCGGAAGACGACCAAGCAGCUCUUCGGGUCGAAAUGGCUCAGCAGAAAUUGAAUCGUACAAGAGAAGCAACAGCAAAGAUGAAGCAAAUAAUUUCAGAAAAGUUGUCUCAGAAGCGCAAGAACCCACUUUUCCCAGAGGCUCGGAGUGCCAAGCAUGCCAGGUACGAAAGCCACAGUGAUACAGACAGUGGGGAUGAUGGUGCUGUUGUUCCCAAAAAGUUGUACGACGAUCUCCAUCAGAAGUAUCUUGCCCUAAAAAAAACUACAAGGGAACUUAAGGAAGACGUUGAAAAGAUGCGGACAAGAGAGGCCAAAAACACAGACAUUCUGGAUGUGAUUCUUGAGGGUGUAAACAGCAUCAAAUCAAAGCUCGAGAGCACUGGAGCAGGAUGCUCAAUAAAUGCAAACACCAAGCAUGAUAUCGUGAAGAAGGCUAAACUCAGAACUGACGGAAGAACGGUCUGUGUAAAUGACAGUGUUACCCUUAGUUUGGACCAAUGGGUCGCCUGUCAGCGACAAAAAAAAGAGUCCAAGUUUGUGAGGAGUCUGGCUACUGCCAUAUGGGGACGCAAUAUUUUGAAAAAUCGAUCUACGAGUGGCAAGGUGUCUAACCGUUUGAUAAAUGAUGGAGGUGCUGCGAAGCCACCACUGACUCCAACAAAACUUAAUGUGCUAGAAGCAUGCUAUGAGGACUGGCUACGUGAACCUGGCGCCAGUGGCGAUGUGUUGGCUGAGCGGAUGGCAGCAAUGACCACACACAUAAACAGCGCCGUACGUGACCUGGGCCGUGACGUGCGGCAUGCGCUAGGUACUGACCAAGAAUAACGGACCAAGUGUCUCUGGAACUAUGCUUGUCAAGGACGACGCUUCCUAUGUUUCCACAUGUAUUAUUUCAGAAAAGUAAAAUUUGUGUUUCAA